CCGGCAGUAGGCUGCUUUCCCCGGGAGAGACGGCGGGAGCCCUAGGGAAGGGACCGGGACGUUGGGAUCCGAACAGGCGGAGCCCAGACCGGUAGCGAGCCGAGAGGCUGCAGCAUGGAGCCCGAACUGAAGAAACCUCCCUUGGCACCAAAACCCAGGCCUCAAGAUUUGCAACCGUCGGUGGUUGUACCAAAGGUUCCUCUGCUUCUACCAUCUGCUCCCAAGGGCCUGAAGCCACCAAUUGCUCCCAAACCAAACCUGUGCAAUGAAAUGCCAGAGGCAAAACUGACUACACGGAAGGGGAUUGUAAGCAGGUACUCGAAUGGGAGUGUUUUGGUAACCAAUCAGUUCCUGGCUCUGGGGGUUGAAGACGCCACAUCUGAAACUUUGGGUCAGACUGGAAGUUCAGCAGCCUAUGUAGAAAUGGACUUCUCCUCAGCUGCUGAUGACAGUAACACUCUGGAAACAGAGACUGCUUUGUGCCAUGAAAAUGGGUCUCCAAUGCCUGAUGGAUAUGAAGACCAAAUAGUUACACAGGAUGCUGGUGCUGUGAUAUCAGAAGAUGGGGAUUUAUCAAAUGUAGACACCUGUGGCCCUGGCAGUGCAAUGCCCAGAGAGAACUUGCAAACCUUCAAAGGUCAGGCAAUUGCAGGAGGUGCCUUUUGCGAUGAACCCGAUGGUGGUCCGAGCCUGAAAUGUGGACUUCUGAAUGAGGGCAGCAGAGAAGCCACGGACAACAUAGAAUCUAAUGCUGGGUUUUCCCAGGAUCUUACUGAAGCUGCAGACAGCUGUGGCACAGGAGCAGGAAAUGAACGGCAUUCACCACUUGCAGCAGUGUUUGCCCUUACACCUGGGGAGCCAGACGGGCAGGAGGACGGGGCAGGCAGCCCCUCAGACAUGCUGGAGAAGGGGGCAAACAGGCUGGUGGAGGAAGCUGACAGGCUGGUGGAGAGGACAGACAGCUCCCCAGGUGGGCUGGAGGAAGGGGCAAAUGGGCAGAUGGAGGAGGCAGAUGGGCAGGAGGAGGGGCCAGACAGUCCCUCAGACAUGCUGGAAGAGGGUAUAGAUGGGCUGGAGGAGGAGGUAGACGGGCUGGAGGAGGCAGACAGAUCCCCGGAUGAAACUGAUGUUCUUGUCCAUGAAACGUUGUCACCAAGUGCCUCUACACUUGAGGCACCAGACAGCCUGGGUGCAACAGAGAGCCCUGCAGACGAUCUGGAGGGGGGAGCAGACGGACUGGAGAAGGGAGCAGACGGUCUGGAGGGGGGUGGAGAAUCAGUAGAACCACCAGUGACAGUGAGUGGUGAAGGGAGGUGCAGUGUUGAUGACAGAGAUAUGGUGUCUGCUGUUGGCGAGGAGGACACGGUGUCUGCUGUUGGCGAGGAGGACACGGUGUCUGCUGUUGGCGAGGAGGACACGGUGUCUGCUAUUGCCUGUGAAGCAGAGGUGGAAUUGGUUGGAAGCGGACCAGGGGUGAAGGGCCGGAUCUCAGGAACUGAAGAGGAAGAAAAGGGUGCUGGGAGGAGUGUCCACACUGGUUUCAGUCCAGGCAGGGUCACAGUAGAGGACAUUUCUGCCAUAGCUCACUGUGCGAUAGGGUUCCCUUCACGAGUUAAAGGGGGACCAACACUGAGGCUAGAAACACAAGCAGACACAUCACUGGCUGGUGAUCUGGGUCUGAUGGGUGACAUGGCUGGGAAAGCAGAGUUUGAUAAAGCUGUUACUGCAGAAUGGAAAAAAGCCAGGGCCAGAACUCAGUCACUGAGUGCCCAGGUGCCUGAGACAGUCCCUGAGGAGACAGACCCAUCACCUGUGGAAGGGCACAGCCCAGUGAAAAGGCAGGAGCCAUUUGAGAACACAAUGUUUGCUGCCAGCCAUAAGUAUUACAUGUUUUAUCCCCGCUCAUACUCCGUCACGGGCCGGGAGCUUCCUGUUUGUGCUGACAGGGAAAUGGAGGGGUCACUUUUAGAAGACAGCAGAAUGAACAGGAAGGAAGACAACCUGUCUCUACCAAGUGUUGCUGCAGCUAACCAGAGGCACGUUCCCUCCUCUGGUGCUUCUCCCCCCAGUUCAAUGUUGGACAUCCCUGCUCCCUUCCAACUGGCCAGCAUCACCAAAAAACCCAUCACCAAAAGUUCACCUUCACUUUUGGUUGAAGCAGAGUCUCCUGAUAAAUACUUCAAGCAGAGUACAAAGAAAAAGUCAUCUUUCAAGCGCUUCUUACCAAUUAAACUAUCACUUAAGAAGAAGAUUGAAAACAGGAUUACAGUUGAGGUUAAUGUCUGCAAGGCUGCAUCUGAGGCAGUCAGAGCCCUGGAUUUUGACAGGAGGAGUUUGGGAAACUCCCCACAGUUAAAAAGUCGAUCUGGAAAGAUGCGUAAAUCAGAUUCUUCAUCCACAUUCUUAUUUUACAAGGACGGCAAAGGAAAAGGAAUACCCAGACCCUUCAACAGAAGUGUGUCCAGAGUUGAGUCUUUUGAGGACAGGUCUCGACACUCAUACACAUCACUUCCUCUGACCAAACCCAGAUCUAUUUCCUUCCCCAACACAGACUCCUCCGAUUACGAGAACAUUCCGGCUGUGAGCUCAGACUAUGAAAAUAUACAAAUCCCUCCCAACAGGAUUGGCCAUUCAGGGACUGUAACUGAAUUCUUUGAAGAUCCUAGUAGAAACUUCUCUUCAGCGUGUGAAAAUGACGGUUAUGUAGACAUGAGCAGCUUUACUCCACUGGAGAGCAGGCAGAGAACAGAGCAGGAGCUGGAGAGUGUGGACAGUGAGAUCCUGGCAAUGCAUCAUUCCCAUGAAGAGAUGGUCUCCAGUGAGCAGACGGGGAACAGCUCCGAGUCGGAGGAGCAGACCACGCAGAGUAACACGGAAAUUGAAGCAUAUCGCAUUGCAAAAAUGAUGACCACUUCAGAGAGAGCGUUUGUGAAUCUCCUUGAGGACCUACACUCAAACUUCAGAGAAGUGGUCACAAGGAUUGUUGGUGGCAAUGCACAGCCCGUGGUCAACCAGGAAGGAAUGACUCACACCCUGCACUAUGUCAAUGAGUUGCAUACACUUCACCAGGGGAUACUGAAAGAGCUGGAGCGAAGCACCCUGGAAUGGAAUCAGACUGGGCUGACUUUGGGUCACGCAAUGUCAGUGUAUGGACCCAGAUUGAACAUGUACUUCAGUUAUAUCGAGCAGUUUGACAGCAGCAUCACCUUCCUGGAAGAAUGCUGCUGGAAGGCACCUAGAAUCUCCACUGCUCCCCACCAGUCCGAGGUGCCUAGCUCAGACUGUGCCCAUGUGAAGCAGCAGCUCUUCGGGACCCUCCGACACGUGUCACUCUACCAUCAUCAGCUGACAGAUUAUCUAAAGCAUUUGUCUCCAGACACUACUGAAUAUGAAGAUACGAAAGCUGUGUUGGCCGUCGUGGCUGAAGUCUGUGAUCAGGUCCGGCUGCGUGUGAAGCACGGGGAGAGUCUUCAGAAGCUGCUGGCUGUGGAGCACCGAGUGAAGGGCUUCCAUCAGGCCUUCCAGCCCGGCAGGAUGCUUAUCAAAGAGGGACGUCUGCUGAGAUUGACCGAUGGAGCCAUGCAGCCUCGAUACUGCUUCCUGCUGAGUGACGUCUUCCUGUACACGGUGCCUAAGUGCGGUGGCAAAUGUCAGCUACGGAAAGUCCUACCACUGGAAGCUCUGAAGGUGAGGAAGCUGUGUGCUGACAUGGUGGAGAAUGUGCUGAGGAUUCAGGGUGUUCACGGAUCGCUCACCCUCUGUGCCAGCUCUGCCCAAGACUGUGAUGACUGGGAAUCUGCACUCAGCACUGCCGUGGAGGAUCUACGCAUCGUGCGGCCAAUGCUGGCCCUGUCGGAGGAGCUGGAGGUGAGCAGUGGUCUGGGAACCACAGCACCCAUGCUCAUCCCCGCUUCCCACGUGGUGAUGUGUAUGUUGUGUACAGCUGACUUCACCCUCCCGUGGAGGCGUCUGCAUUGUAACACGUGUGGAAAGGUUGUUUGUCGAACGUGCUGCAGGAACAAGUAUCCACUUGGCUACCUGAAGGGCAGGCUGGCCCGGGUAUGUGACCAGUGCCACAAGGAGCUGAAGAGGACAGGUCCCCAGAAGGAAGAGAUCCUUCAGCCAUCCCUGGCACACUCACCCACCAGACGCUUCUCUUCCAUGUUCAACAUUCUUCACACACCACACACUUGCAAACAGAGGACAAAACAAGUGGCUCGGCUGGAGACAGCAAGCUCACACGAAGGGGUGUCAAUGAGCGGUGAUCUUCAGAGACGGAAAGCCAGUAAACGACAAUGGAAGAAGCUAUGGUUUGUCAUACACGACAAGGUGCUAUACACAUACAAGAGCAGAGAGGACGAAGUUGCUGCAGAGACUCUGCCUCUCCUGGGCUUCACCAUCAAGCAGUGGAAGGAUGGGGAACCCCCUGGAUCCAGUGCGCAGUUCCGGCUCUACCACAAGAACAGCCUAUACUACUCCUUCAAAGCUGAGGAUACCCACACAGCACAGAGGUGGAUUGAAGCCAUGCUUGGUGCAUCUGUGUUAUAGCAGCCAAGGCGCCUCCUCACAGUGAGACAUUCCUUACUUGUCUGAUCCAUCAGUAGCCGUGCAGUGGGACCACUGUGAUCCACUGAAGUGCUCGAGUUUCCUUGCAGCUCAAGAUAAUUCUUCAUUAAACGUAUCUGACGGAGAACUUUUGGAGUUGUUUACAGCCGCUGAUGUCUAGCAUUCCACACAACCUGCCAACUUCAACACCGUUAAUAACGUUUUGCUGCUUUCCUGAUAGAAUAGUCAUGUUCUUCCUGAGCUGGGUUAUUUGGUAGAGUGGGUGAUGAUUGUUUCAACACAGACCCCUGGGCAGCCCUCUUAAUGAAAUGAAUUCCUCAAGGUCUGAUUUAAAAUGCCCCCUCUGGCUACUUGGGGUCCUCAGCAAAGACCCUGAAUUGUGAAGGAGUGCUGAGCUAAGAAUGAAUUAAACAUCUGCAUCAUUCAUGUUAAUAUUUAUAGUACGUUGAAGGUAAAACUGGAAUUGCCAUUUUCGAUUAGCCCCAAGCAGAGUAGAUGCUUUGAAGUGAUUUUCAACCCAGUGAUGUGCAUGGGUUGGGACUGUUGUUGCUGGGGCCUGUAUUCCAAUGCCUUGGCAGCACAAGCUGACUUUUACUCUUCUGUUUCCUGGCGAAGCGUACAGCUGAGAAUUUCUGAGACGAAGCAGUGGAAGUCUGAAGAAGUCUGGUGGGCUGAAGGGACCAUGUCUGUGGUGUAUAACUCCAUAAUUCUAACCUUUGACAACAGUGGAAGGUGCCAGGAGUAGGAAGGCAGCCUGCUCCACCUCAAAAUGAUUUACAGCAGGGAACAUAGUUUGUCAACCAACUGCACUCAGUUGG